CCGUAUUUACAACUAAACAGUAGGAUACCAGGAAGCACAGGUCGUAAAUCUAUCCACGGUGUUCGUGACAGCGCUGCGUGGGUGAACGGACAUGGCCACGCCCAUCCUGUUGAGCAGGUAGAUCAGGUGCAGUAAACACUAAGACCGAGGGCAGGAGCUGCGGUUUGGAAGAUACCUGGAAUAAACUACAACUCAACAGCACUUUCCUCGCUCAUCCAGUCCUUUCCUCGCCUCGACCAGGAUGAAGCCUGCGGUGGUUUUUGUGGGCCUCAGUUUAGCUGUGAUGGUUGUCUUGAUUUAUCAGGCCAUGAAACAGGAGUACAACCUACGUAAUUUGAAAACCCGCUUGGUGGAGAAAACGGCAGACUUCCAGAGGAACGAGGCGUCCAUUGACGAAUUGAAAACAAAAUUCCAGAUCAUGAACAAAGCGUUGAUGACCAUUAACAUAAAUAUAGCUGAGCUGAAUGAAAGGAAGAAAGAAUUUCAAACAGUUGCAUGGAACUCCAGUCAAAUUCUGCAGACCUGUAGCAAGGAGAAGAAAGCUGCUGAGAAUAAAAAGGCAGUCACACGAGAGGUUAUUCUAAAACUCAAAGCGGAUCACAGCGUGGCUAAAGAGAAAGCUGAAAGGGACAUUCAGCAAUUGAAAAAACUGAUUUUGGAUAGAGACACAGAUAUUUGUACCUUUGCAGAUACAACCAAGGUGGAAGCAAGGAAGCUGUGUGCGAGCCAUUAAGCAUUAAGCUCAAAAACAACAACUCAGAAACACUCAACAUCAAAUGUGAACUUUUAAUAAAAGAAACCCGCCAUGCAAAUGAGAAUAGAUGUUGUUCUAUCAGGGACGUAAAUAGAGCUCGGUUUGUUCCUCAUGAGAAAGUCAUAACUAUGUUGAUAUAGAGAACAAAACCAGUUCAUACAUGUAUUCAUUGGACAGAAGGCACAGUGAUAGGGAACAAGGAAAUGUGUUGCAGGUUUAUAUCAUUUUGUAAUGUAAUUGUGUUGGUGAGCUCUAGUACAGUGGUUCUCAAAUGGGGUUACAUGUACUCCUGGCACGUGAAGGCAUUCUAGGGGGUACGUACGAUUUAAAAAAUAUAUAUUUAAAGUGAGCAUCCAUUAAAAAAUCCUUUGAAAAUAGUUAAUAAAUCAAUAUUCAAUAAAAUGUAAGUGUAAUUUCAUAAACUGAAUUUUAUAUAAUGUAUAUUAGAUCAGACUCUGAUGGCACAGUGCUUUGUAUUACAUCUUCUUUCUUUCUUUUUAACCAAAAGGGCUUUGCACUGGUCAGGGGCUACUUGACCAUAAAAUAAAUGUCACAUCACUGAGAAAAGGUUGAGAGUUCUAGUAUAAUUUUUUUUCUGUAAAAAAAACAUUGACAUGUUAAUGGGCAUCUGCUUAUUUUCUAAAGCAUUCUCUGUAAAAUAAUUUGUUAACCAAAUAUACCACCUUGACUUGAACAAUAAGCUUUUCCUUUAUGGAAAAAAUCAUAUCACAUGUUGGAGUAUGACAACUUUCAUUUGAUUAAAAACUUUUAAAAAAUGUA